GUCAACACCAAAGGUAACACGCUGUUUACUGUAACCUGUAAGUUUAGAAAGACUUGAAGUAAUAAUACAUCUAUAAAUAACAUUCAUCAUGGCAAGUGAGGAAGGAGAAAGUGGAUUUGAACUGAUGAAUGUACCUGAAAACAGUGAGGAGUCUUCCCAAAUCAAAAAAGAAGACAAAGAAGCUGAAGCAGGAACAUCGUCAUCAUCAGCAUUAGAAUCUGGAGAACCUGUUGGUUUAUUCAAAACAGAUGAUGAUGAUGAUUUAGAUGAAUCAUUAGGAGAAAGGCUUUGGGGACUGACUGAAAUGUUUCCAGAGUCACUAAGAUCUACAGUAUGGUCUAUGAUGGCUGGAACAGUGGGUAGUGUCAAGUGGUUUUAUGGCUUUAGCCGGUCAGCCUUUUGGAUUUUCUUUUCUUCUUCAGCAAUCUUGAUAGCUCCUGUCAUAUUUGAGAUUGAAAGAAUGCAGAUGGAAGAGAUGCAGAAACAGCAACAGAGACAGAUUCUAUUAGGUCCAAGUGCAGCAGUAUCUUCAAGCAGUGGAAUGGGGAUGAUGAUGCCUGGACCACCACCACCACAGCAACAGCCUAGUCAGCAUUAGAUAAAGAAAUUGUCUUGUUUAAAGAGUUCAUGCUUCUUUUAUAAUAACAAGAUUUUAAACAUAAGAGAUAUUGAGCAUUCUGAAAUACAGAAAUAAAUUUUGGAUUACAAACCAACACCUAGAAUAUCUCAUUUUAACAAUACUAUUGUAAUACAAUGAUACAUAGAAAACAGUAGUGUACAUAGGUGUGUUUUUACUCAUUAAUAAAUGCCCUGAUUUUCCUUAUAUAUAUAUA